AGCAGUCUCGAAUACGACCGUUUGAAUUUUCCCAAACACGGAAGUUGAUACGUCUUCAUGCUUCGACAAUAAUAAACUAUAGCUCGAACCUUUUCAGUCUCAUCUGAUUUAUGUGAUUAAGUGAAAAUGCGUGACAGGUUUUGCAAUGUACGCUUAAAGAUUUCGAGUUUUGUGUCAGCUUUCGAGUUUACGAGUGGAGUCGUGUUUGUAGUCACACUGUCAUGUGUCUUUAGCAUCGUAACUAAUCACUUGAACAUUUCGGUGCAUGCACUAAGUCUGGACUCCAGCGUUCUUAUUAACGGCCAUGUUCACAGACUUCUUACCUACUGCUUUUACCAUAAGGAUGUGGGCCAGCUCAUGUCUAGUGUGGCUGUACUGGUGUUGUUCUGCAGUGGAUUAGAGAAAGGAGUUGGUACAGUGCGAUUUUUACACCUUUUACUUUUUCUGGUAACUUCUAUUGGCCUAAUACAUGUCCUCCUGGAGCUCUUGUUGUUUUCACCAUCUACAAGGACCUCAGUAUCAGGCCUAAUCCCAGUAUCUUUUGCUAUGCUGGGGAUGGUGACCAUCAGAUCCCGCAUGACGAAGGCAUUUCUGCUUGGCUUUACUCUGCCCACUGCAGCUCUUCCUUGGUUCCUGAUGCUCAUUGUUUAUCUCUUUAUCCCAAAUACUGUAUUCUUAUGCAAUUUCCUGGCCAUAUUCACUGGGCAGAUGUAUGGCAUGAAAUGGUGUUCAGUGUUUCAGAUGUCUGAGUCCAAAGCUUGUGUAAUGGAGAAGACUGUGCCAUUCAGAUUGCUGAAGAAAAUAACAUGUGUGCGUUUUAUCCCUGCAUCUGCUGGGGAACGAAAAAAGAUCCUACACACUAUAUGCAGCCCAUCACCUGGCUCAUACCCUGUCCAGGCUUAUGCGCCAGCAUCUAUGCUUGCUUCUCAAACAACUGGAAAUGCUCAAAGCAGUGUAGAUGGUUGGUCAAAUUCAACCAUUACCCAGCAGAACUUCACAAUGCCUUCACAAAACCCUGGCUAUAGCUUUGGGCCUAGAUUUGGAUCCAGCCAUGGACACAACUGUGGACAUAGCCAUGGACACAAUCAUCAGUAUCAGGCCAGAAAUUUCUGGAUGACAAAGACUCCUUAUGCCCAUUCUCAUUUUAGCCCUCCUACGGAUAUGACUAUACAGUCUUUUGGUAACCCAUUACACGCAACAUCUCAAGCAGACUCUGUGUCCACCCAAAAAACAAAUAUAGUGAUGCCAUGACAAACAGAUGGAGAGCAUUAUCCAGUCACUCUGUGGUUAAACAUAACAAGCAAGCAAUUAAUCAAUAUAACUUCUUAUAUUGUGAAGCUAUAUCUACUAAAUGAUAUAGGGUGCCUUUCCUUUAUUCCAAUUUUUUGUUAUUUUACUUAUUUUUUUCCCUCAUUAAUGUAAUGUAUACAGCAAAAAAAUAAAUAAAUCAAUCUUACAUUUAGAAAAAUCUAGUAUACAUACUUAUAUUUACAUAUACUCUUCUCUGAAAGUAUUGGAACAGCAAGGUCAGUUGCUUUGUUUCUGAAGAAAUUUGAGGUCAAUAGUAUAUCAACCAAUAGAACAGAAUUUCAGUUUUCAUUUCUUGAUAGCUCAUUAUUAACAAAUAAUUCAAAAAGCAGUUUUAUAGAAAUCUGGAGCUAGACUUCACAUUCUGUUGUUUCCCCCCCUCAAAUAUUAGGUCUAUUCUGGUAUAUAUAUAUAUUCAUAUGAAAUUUUAUAGGCUAUUUUAAUGUCAGAUCCAUAAAAAAUAAAUUGGACCUUAACAAAGUUGACUCAACACUUUACAGUGAUGAGGUACUACACUCACAUUAAAAGUUCAGAAAUUAAUUUUGAAUUCAUCGUUCUCUAAAUGUAAUUUCCUCCAAAGCCGAAAGAAGAGGAAGAAGAUUCUCUAAAUGUUAUUUCCUCCACCAUGUCUGCUGAAAUCAAGGCAUGGAUCAUGGGGCAGGAUUCUUAACAAAAUAUCUCUUUUAAGAGCAGUAAACUGUCAAUAAACAAAUUUUGUGUGUAUUCUUUGGGACAGUAUUUAGCCUCUGAGCAAGUCUACUUGUGAUGUGGGUAAGGAAACAAUAUAACAGCCCAAGAAACAAACGAAACAGUCUUCAUGCUUCGAAACAGUCACAAAUCUGGUGGGGGAAAAAUUACAUUCUUGUUGCUGAUCAUCAAUCUGGAAAUUUUAGACCCAACUGCAUAUUGAACAUCCUACCAAUUACAUUGGAUGCAUUUGCCUGUAAUUUGUCAGACAGGUUCUAUAGACCUCUGAAUUCAUUAUACUGCUACCAUCAUUUGUUACAUCAGUAAAGAUUGGUGAGCCCAUUAAAGAAGCAGCCAUGAAAGCCAUAGGUCAUACUUGACCAUCGUACUUGUAUAUUUGUAUAGGUCAUACUUGAGGUCAUACUUUACCAUUGAACUUGUAUAUUUUGAAAAAUGAGUAGGUCCUUCAGUCUUGGUACCAGAACUUUAUCUGUUUUUCUGUUUAUUUCUUUUGUCUCUGAUUUCUCCUUUUGAUUCUUACUGCUGAUGUGUAGUUUGCAUCAUGUGGUGUGCCACCAUAUGCUCUUAUUUUCUGUGAACUCUGUUUUAUACUCCUUGUAUAUCUUCUAUCCGUAUUUGUGUAUUUUACCCUGAUUAAAAAAAACUCAGCAGUAUUUUCAAAGAAAAA